UUAGAUUAGGGUUUCUGAUUAGCCUUAACCCCUAAUUUUAAUCCAAUUAAAAAUCUCAGCUUGAGCUUGUGGAGAUUCCCGAUUCUGAUAAUGGGGUCCGUCUGCAUUAACGAGGCUUUGACCGACGACGAGCUGGGAUUAGUGCUGUCGAGGUUGGACAGCGACAAGGAUAAGGAGGUGUUCGGUCUGGUCUGCAAGAGGUGGCUUCAUCUGCAGAGCGCCGACCGGAACAAGCUCGCGGCGCGCGCGGGUACGCACAUGCUCCGCCGCAUGGCCGCGAGGUUCACUCGUCUCGUCGAAUUGGACCUGUCUCAGCCAAACUCCAGGUCUUUUUACCGCGGAGACACGGAUUCUGACCUCUCUGUCAUCGUCGAGGGGUUCAAGUGCUUGAGAGUUCUCCGUCUGCAGAACUGUAAAGGUGUUACUGAUACUGGAUUGGCAACAAUUGGAUCUAGUCUCGCUUCUCUGCAGUUUUUGGAUGUCUACUGCAGAAUGCUCACGGAUAAAGGACUAUUGGCUGUUGCAAAAGGCUGUCGUGACCUAAAGACUUUGCAUCUUGCUGGAUGCCGAUCUGUCUCAGACGAACUAUUAAAAUCUCUCUCUGAGAAUUGCCGUGAUCUGGAAGCUCUGGGACUUCAAGAUUGCAGAAAUAUUACUGAUUCAACAGGCCUGAAUGAUCUUGUAAAAGGCUGUCGGAAGAUAAAAUAUUUAGAUAUCAAUAAAUGCCAUAAUAUCGGAGAUGCUGGGGUGUCCAGUGUUGCAGAAGUUUGUGCAUCUUCCCUUAAGACACUGAAGUUGAUGGACUGUUACAAAGUCAGGGACAAAUCCAUAUUAUCUUUGGCAAAAUUCUGCAAGAAUCUGGUUACCCUAAUAAUUGGUGGUUGCCGCAACAUCUCUGACAAAUCUAUAAAACCGCUGUCUGGUUCCUGUAGAGACAGUCUCAAGAACCUGAGGAUGGAUUGGUGUUUGAGUAUAACCGACUCUUCCUUAAGCUGCAUUCUCACACAUUGCAAAAACUUGGAGGCUCUUGAUAUUGGUAACUGUGAAGAAAUCACCGAUGCUACUUUCUGGUAUUUGGGGAAUGGCUACCUGUCGGGUUUGAAGGUUUUCAAGGUGAGCAACCGUCCGAAGAUCACAAUGUCGGGGAUAGGCCUGCUUUUGGGCAAGUGCAGUUCACUGGAGUAUCUUGACUUGAGGUCUCUUCCUCAUGUGACGAAAGGAAGAUGCGAUGAAGCUGGACUGGUGUUCCCCAAAUGCUGUAAAGUGAUUUUCGUGGGAGAUUUAAUUGGGCCAGAUGCUCUACUCUGGAAAUUAUGGGUUCAGCGGUUGAGGACAUUUUUUCGUAAUAUGACAUGUCCCUUGAGGACAUUUCGGGUGGCCACUACCCUCUGGAUCCUCACUGUUGCAUGCACCCUUAUGUGUGAUGGUCCUUCAGUGAGUUUUUCUCAAGCUCUUGUACACCUUGUGCAUCAAAACUUGAUUGGUGACCCCUUCUUUAUAUACAUCAACCGCUUGCAAUAUGUUUUUUAUUUUGUAUUGCUGUCAUAUACUUUACUCUGUCCUACUCUCCUUGGACCGGCAUUUCCCUCCUCCAAUAAUUUGGUGUUGGGUUGAGGAUACUGAUCCUGCCUUACCGAUUUAGCUCUUAUUGAGCCAAAAUGUUCUCUGAAAUUAUUGUUAGAAAUGCAUGAGACAGGGAGCAGGUUGUGCUAUUAAGCCUUUUUGGGUAAACUUUCUCAGGAAUACUGACCUUAUGAUUAUGCAUUGAGCCUAUGUCUAUCAUUCUUCUUUGGAUGUAUUUAUGUGGUUGAGCUCUCUGCUUGGUUCUUCUUUCGACCCACAAGAAAUGCUUACUCGAGUUAUACUCCCAGGGCCUGUACAGCUCUGAGACAGUGCCUGCUGAAGACAGUUGAAGGCUUUCUGGUAGCUCAAGAAUCCCAUGAACCAAAACUCGAAAUCAUCGACGGUGACUACUUCCAGAAGGCGAUCUUCUUGGACGAGAUGAAGAGAAGACCUGCGAUAGGGCCUGCAGUAGUUGACAGGUAACACUGGUAUGCCUUGAACAGUUUCUC